CACAAGCGGCGGAAUUGGUGCCUUCUGCAAGAUUGAAAUCAUGGCAGGUCCAGAAACUGAUGCUCAAUUCCAUUUCACUGGUAUCAAAAAAUAUUUCAACUCUUAUACUCUCACAGGUAGAAUGAAUUGUGUACUGGCCACAUAUGGAGGCAUUGCUUUGAUGAUCUUAUACUUCAAGUUAAGGUCUAAAAAAACACCAGCUGUGAAAGCAACAUAAACGAUUUUUAACCUGUACCUCAUCUGUUAAAUUCCCAUGCCUGGAGAAGCUAAUGUCAACUCAUCAUGCGAUACUCAAUUUGUACAAUAAAUUAUGAACAUGGAAAAAAAAAGAAAAGAAAAAGAAACAA